AGUCUCCAUUUCUAUUCACUCUCUUCCUUCUCCUCAGUCCUAUUAUCUCAUUGCUCAUUCGGAAACAGAUUUUCUGUAGAAUCACACUUAGAGUUCUGAGACGACAAACCAAGCCAUGGCAGGCGGAGGGUUCGUCUCGUCGUCCGCGGGAGGGACGGAGUUCGAGGCUAAGAUCACUCCGAUCGUCAUCAUGUCUUGUAUCAUGGCCGCCACCGGCGGCCUCAUGUUCGGAUACGACGUCGGUGUCUCAGGGGGAGUGACGUCGAUGCCGGCGUUUCUGGAGAAGUUUUUCCCGGUGGUGGCGAGGAAGACGCAGGACCCCACGCUCAACAACAGCAACUACUGCAAGUACGACAACCAAGGCCUGCAGUUGUUCACGUCCUCGCUCUACCUGGCCGGCCUGACGGCGACUUUUUUCGCUUCCUACACCACCAGGACGCUGGGGAGGCGGCCGACGAUGUUGAUCGCCGGCUUGUUCUUUAUCGCCGGGGUGGUGCUCAACGCCGCCGCUCAGGACCUCGCCAUGCUCAUCGUCGGGCGGAUCCUGCUCGGAUGCGGCGUCGGAUUCGCUAAUCAGGCAGUCCCACUUUUCCUAUCAGAGAUAGCACCAACCCGAAUCCGUGGAGCGCUCAACAUACUCUUCCAGCUCAACGUCACCAUCGGCAUCCUCUUCGCCAACUUGAUCAACUACGGCACCGCCAAAAUCAAAGGCGGAUGGGGCUGGAGGCUUUCCCUCGGCCUCGCCGGCGUCCCCGCCGUCCUCCUCACCGUCGGCGCCCUCCUCGUAUCCGAAACGCCCAACAGCCUCAUCGAACGCGGCCGUUUGGACGAGGGCAAGGCCGUCCUCCGCAAAAUCAGGGGGACCGACAAGAUCGAGCCGGAGUUCCUCGAGCUCGUCGAGGCCAGCCGCAUCGCCAAGGAAGUCAAACACCCGUUUCGAAACCUCCUCAAGCGCAAGAACCGCCCCCCGCUCGUCAUCUCCAUCGCUCUGCAGAUCUUCCAGCAGUGCACGGGGAUCAACGCCAUCAUGUUCUACGCCCCAGUGCUCUUCAACACCGUUGGCUUCGGCAGCGACGCCUCCCUCUACUCCGCCGUGAUCACCGGAGCGGUCAACGUCCUCUCCACGGUCGUCUCGAUCUACUCCGUCGACAGGCUCGGCCGCCGCAAGCUCCUCCUCGAGGCCGGCGUCCAGAUGCUCCUCUCCCAGGUGGUGAUCGCCGUGGUGCUGGGGAUCAAAGUGACGGACCACUCCGACGACCUCGGGAAGGGGUUCGCCGUCCUGGUGGUGAUCAUGGUGUGCACGUUCGUGUCGGCGUUCGCGUGGUCGUGGGGUCCGUUGGGGUGGCUGAUCCCGAGCGAGACUUUCCCGCUUGAGACGAGGUCGGCGGGGCAGAGCGUCACCGUGUGCGUGAACCUGCUGUUCACUUUCGUGAUCGCGCAGGCGUUCCUUUCGAUGCUGUGCCACUUCAAGUUCGGGAUCUUCUUGUUCUUCUCCGGGUGGGUGGCGGUGAUGUCGGUAUUCGUGUUUUUCUUGGUGCCGGAGACGAAGAACGUGCCGAUCGAGGAGAUGACGGAGAAGGUUUGGGCGCAGCACUGGCUGUGGAAGAGGUUUGUGGAGGAGGAUAGUGACGUAGAGAUGGAGGGAAGAGUCGGGGUCAACGGGAAGGGGAAUGGUAGUAAUUAAUGGGGUUGACUAUUCUUCUUAGUUACGUUGCGUGUUUGUUUUAGACAAAGUGUGGGAGAGGGAAUAACUACAGUGGUAAAAAGGACUACGGUUAAAAUUUGUGAAGUGGGGGAAAGUCAUGAAAUGGUGUGAUAAAAAUAUGUUUGAUUUAUAAGGAGAUGGUAUUAUUGGUAAUAUUAAUAUAGGGUCUUGGAGGGAUAGGUGACUUGAGAGUGAGCUGAUGAUCAUCAUGUGUAAUUUAUUUGAUGGCGAAAAGGUAUAUCGAAACUAUUGACUUAUGUGCUCUUAAUUUUUCUUCUGUUUUAUAUGGAUUUAAAGCCAGCCUUAGUUUAUUAUAAUUGAGGUAACGUUUAUGUCAUAUUGAUUCUUAGGUGUAGAGUGAACUUCUACUCCUACAACUUGUUUUGUGUGAUCGCAUUAAGUAGUAGUAAUUUGAAGUGCUGAAUGUUUAAUGGGAAUGAUAUAGAUAUUAACAUUUAUUUCGUUUACAUUUUCAAAUAAUUUUAUCAAUAAAUUGUUAGUUUAGUG